GGCUGACUUGUCUGUGGCAUAUUGUUGGAUGCGAACGAAGUGGCAUCUCUAAUGUUACUCCAUCUUGCACCAAUGUUUGUCCUGCGUGUCCCAGAGCUGUUGCAUUGGGUUUGGGAACCGGUGCUGCUGUUGCUUCCACUUCAGUUUCGGUUGCCGGUUAAUUGUAUGCGACUGCUGCAACUCACGGCUGCCAACAUGCGGCAAUUGACAUUGAUCAGAGCUGACCUUAACGGAGUGGGGGCCCAGACAACCGCCCACGGCGCCCACUCCGCCCACCGGUCACUUAAUGCGCUUAAAACGAGACACAAUGAGAGUGACAGGAGGUUCGAGCUCGGGCUGGGGAAUCCCCUCAUCAUUAUGCAGAUGGAUACACGGAAUGUUCCCUAGAGGCAUGCAAAUGGAAUGCGAAAAG